AUGAAGAAGGUUGUGCUCAAGCUGGACGUGCACGACGACAGGCACAAGGCCAAGGCGCUCAAGGCCGUCUCCGGUCUCCACGGCAUCGACCAGCUGGGCGUGGACAUGAAGGAGCAGAAGAUGACCAUCGUGGGCACCGUCGACCCCGUAGCCGUCGUCGGCAAGCUGCGCAAGCUCUUCCCGGGCGUGCAGAUCGUCUCCGUCGGCCCGGCCAAGGAGGAGAAGAAGGACGACAAGAAGGACGGCGGAGGGGACAAGAAGCCCGCCGGAGACAAGGAGGGCGACAAGAAGGACGGCGGCGGCGACAAGAAAGACGGGGCCAAGAAGGACGGCGGCGACAAGAAGCAGCAGGAGGCGAAGCCACCCAUGGCCGUGUACCCGCCCUACGGCUACGCGCACUACGGGUACCCGCCGCCGCCGCCGCCGCCGCCGCGCUACUUCGUCCGCAGCGCCGAGGAGGACCCCAACUCGUGCGUCAUCUGCUGA